CCACACAGAUGUCCUCCAAGCGCCCUGUCCCCUAUCUGCGGAAAGUGCUUCCUGUGAACAGAAAGUUGAGGCGGGACCCUCGGUUCGAUGAUCUCUCCGGAGAAUUCAAAGCGGAAAUCUACGAUAAAACCUACUCCUUCCUCACGGAGCUGAGACACGAAGAGAAAACGGCUAUCAGGAAGAAACUGAAAAAGGUGAAGGACCCCGAGCAGCAGGAGGAGCUGAGGGCCUUACUGCAGAGGAUGACCCAACAGGAUGAAGCUCAAACCAGGAGACAGAAGCAGAGCGAGUGGCUGCAGGAAUUCCGACAGGAACAGAGGGAGCGUGUGCAGCAGGGCAAGAGACCCUACUUCCUGAAGAAAUCUGAGCAGCGGAAGCUGGAAUUGGCUGAGAAAUACCUGGCGCUGAAGAAAACCGGGAAGUUGGAGAGGUUUCUUGGCAGGAAGAGGAAGCGGAAUGCUGAGAAAGAUCGUGGCCGUUUGCCCCAGAACAAAUCCCGAUGAGAUCCGUGUUGCAAUAGCUCAGGAAGUGAUGGCCCUCACUGACACUGCCUUGUGGCUGGCUUCGAGUGCCCUGGCUCUCCCUGUGUCCCCUCGCCCUUCACUCAUCCUGUUUUCUACCUGUUUGUAUUUAAAUUCAGUCAUGGCUGCUCUGA